AUGUCGUCCAAUGAUAAUCUUUCAUCUCGAUUAGAAUUACAGAAACGUCUUCAACAUCGGUUAAAAAGUAGAACCGAUACGACUAGUAGACCGACGCCAAGAACCUACGAUCAAUUGCCACAAUAUUUACAGCAAGUCCUUCCCGAUAAUUAUACGUAUAUUAUAAAAUCUUAUAAAGAAAUCGACCUUGAAAAAAUUGAAGGAGCACCAACCGCAGCUUUCGAUUCAACUUUUUAUGUAAAUAUCGCAUCAACUGAAGCGAUCGAAGAAUGGAGAUCAGCUUUUCAUAAUAAAACAGGAACCGUCUUUCGUAUUACUCGUGCUGAUAAAGUUAAAGGAAUUAAAGUUAUUUAUCAUAAAGAUUUCCAUUGUCGACACGCUGAUAUCGCUGCUAUCAAGUAUAUGCAAAAAACCUAUGCUCAAAAAGCCGGUCAAAGAAGAAGUCGAAAUACGAAUUGUCAAUGUUUAGCAAAAAUUCGUCUUGAAAAAAGUCGACUUAAUCUAUCUCAUCCUUGCGAAAUUCAUCUUUUAUAUAAUCAUAAUCAUCCAUUAGAAACUUUAAAUGUUACUCCUCAAACUCCUUCAAUUGCUUCUGUCGGUUCUACAAGUGAUGAAAGCGGAAAAAGUACUCCUCAACAUAACUUGGAAUUUGAAUCAACUCAAGAUGAUUUACACCAAUCCUCUCCUCUUUCCACCACUUUCGUUUUAAAUAAAUUUCAUCAAUUCGUUAAAGAAAUCGAUUUAGAUAUAUUAAAAGGUGACAAUGAAUAUUGUCAUGGUAUUAUCAAGUUCAUGGAAUCUUAUCGGCAAGCAAGUCCUCCAUUGGAUAAAAGACCUUUAAAACGCGCUGCUACUGAUCCACUCGUUCAAGAUAUUGAUUUACAAAAUAUUUCUUCACGUAAAAGAAGAUCGACCAAUACGAAAAGACCAAACAUGAAUAUCCUCGGGCAAAAUCUGAAUGAAUAA